AUGGCCUCCCAGCAACUGCCACCAUCCCCCGAGCAGACUGCGCUCGAAGCCAAGCGAACAGCCCACGUCGAGCAGCUCUCGCACUGGCUCACUCAAAACAGCACAAUCUACAACAUCUUCUUAUCCGGUGUAAAGCAAACCUCCGUCGUCGCCGGCACAGUCAUCAGCCGCCUCACUCUCACAUCUACACACUUAAACUCCAAGGGAGGCCUUCACGGCGCGGUCUCAGCGGCAUUCAUAGACUUCACGACGGGGCUGGCCAUUGCAUCAUGGGAUUUGAGGGAAAAGACGGGCGCGAGCGUCGACAUGCACAUUAGCUACCUGAGCAGUGCGGCGGGCGCAGGAGAUGUCGUUGAGAUUGUGGCAACGGCAGAGAAGGUUGGGGGAUCGAUGGCGUUUGUGACGAUUUUGAUACAAAAGGUUGAGGUGGUGGAUGGGGAGGAGAAGAGGACGCUUGUGACGAAGGGACAUCAUACGAAGUUUGUGAGAGGGAGCGCGAAGCCGAAGGAGAAUGGCGAGACGAAGGCUUAG